AUGGAUCUUGCCAGCCUGACCAGGCCGGCCAUACUCAGCCAGUGCGUACGAUGCUCCAGCUCGCUGGCAGCUUUGGAGAAUGAAUGGGCGAAACUAUCCAAUACCUAUUCGAUCCCUGUCGGCUGGCAGAGCAUCAAUCUACAGCGCAUAUCAGUCUCGUCGGACAAGAGGCAGAUCCCGCAGACCUCAGAAAUGAUCAUUCUUCGUGGGCGCAUUAUUCAAGAAGUAUCAUGCAAACUGUGCCAGCAAAAACUGGGAGUCUUGUGCAUGCUGGAUGAUGGCCCAAACGUGCUUUGGAAAAUGACCAAAAUCUCCUUCCGAGAAAUUAUCACUAUGAGAACCGCGGAACCUGUCUUCACCGAAGCUGCCCUCGAGCGACAGCGACCAAUUCCGAAAGAACCCAUCCGCCGCGGCCGUACCACUCACAGCAGAGAUGCAGCCCUCAUGCCUUCUGGACUAGAUCAUUCCACCACGUUGGCUCCGACCAUGCAACAGGAAAUGCAUCAUCAGGGACGCAGCAUUGACCAGAUCUCGAGUUCGGUAAAUCACUUGCAGGACACCAUGACCGACCUGAAGCACUCAUUUAACUCCCUCCGCAUCGAAUUGAAUGCGCCGACCCGCCACAUGGGAGACAGCAGAGAUGGACAAGGGCAUGGGUUUGAUAUGAUCGCGACCGUGUUGAAAGAGCUCAAGUCGAAAUCCGAAGAGAUCGAGAAACUGAAGUUAGAAAUUGAGGCGUUGAAGUUCAAAAAUCGGUUUAUGGAAGACCGCAAGCCGGGCAGCCCUGAGAACCUGUCAGUCAUGGAUGGUGCGGUUCCCGUGAAAAGCCCAGAGAUGGUCCAAGCGGGACGAAAACGUGCGUGGCCUGACGCUUUCUCAAGCCGCCACAUCCAUCCCAUUCCUGAUUCGUUUGGCGAAGAUGAUGGGGACGAUGAUUUCUCCAUAGGUGACUUACCAAGUCAUGCCGAUUUGCUGGUGAUCCGAGAUACCGAGGGCGCUUCCCAGAGCGUAUCACAGCCUCACCCAGCACCUUUAUCCCCGAAUCCUCGAGUCGACCCUCGCGAUCACAGUGUGCUCAAUGGGCGAGACCCAAACCAAAGUCCAGCAAAGCGACUUCGUCUCACGGCCGGGAACACCUCGGCGGAGCUCCCUGUUCCUGAGAAACGACGACCUGGUCGGCCCCGGAAGUCCACGAGCCAGCCUACCAACCCUCAGUUUUCGGAGGGGUCAAACGCCGCUUCGGAAAUCGCAAUGGAGGCAUCUAGUACAAUAGUGCCUAUUCAGAACUCGGCGUCGAAUCACACACAGGAUGCAACUAAAGGAGCCACGCAACACCGCCGCCGCAGCCGGAGUCGGCGAAGUAUGCACUCUCAACCUGGAGGCGGACCGGAUAUAAACGAGAGGGAUGAGACCGUCACGAUUGAAAGAGCGCUCCAGAACGGGCAUGAUCGAGGUGAGAAGAUUGAAAAGCCAAACAACGGUAAUUCGAGCAACGUAAGCGGUAAGCAUUCACACACGACAGAGACAGAGGAAGAAAUGCGCAAGGCCAAGAUUGCGGCGCGAGAGACCAUGACUCGCAUUGCCAUGCAACGCGAGGAGGCCAUGGAGGCGGACUAA